AUGAAUCAACAUAAUGUUCAUCUUCUUGAUCUACCCAAUGAAAUAUUAUUUCUCAUUUUGAGAAAACUUGCCAAUGUUGAUGUUCUUUAUUCUUUUUUGGGUAUCAACAAUCAACGACUUGAAAUUAUAGCACAACAACAAAUCUUCACUAACGUCCUGAAUUUUGUUUCUAUAUCACAAUCAACUGAUGAGAUUUCUUCAAUUUCUGCUUCAAUACUCGAUCGAUUUUGUAAUUCAAUAUUAUCAAGAAUUUAUAUAAAUGUUAAAUUUCUCAUUCUUGAAUCUGUUUCCAUGGAACGUAUUCUUCGUGUUGCUAACUAUCCUAAUCUUACUGGAAUCAAAAUUUUUAAUUUCAACAAAGCAAUCGUUUCACGUUAUUUCAUGGAUGAUUCUCUCUUUGGACAUAAUUUUAAACAACAAAUUACAGAUCUUGUUCUUGUCAGUAAUGAAAACAAUAUUGAAAUAACACCAAAAGAAUAUACAAAGAAUGUUUAUGCAAUUAUCUUUGUUUUCUUUGAAAAUCUAAAGCAUUUGAGUAUUGUGUCAUCAUCUAUCAAUGAUUAUUCACCUUUGUCAUUAUAUUUUUUACCAUCAAUGACUUGUUCUUCUUCGACACUUACUAAAUUAUGCAUCAAUGUAUGUGAUUUUAAUGAUGUUCAUGCUUUACUUGAUGGUCGUCUCAAACAAUUAACUACACUCAUCGUUCAAGUUGAUAUUAUUAGCGAUCUGAUAUUAACAUCUUACAACAGAGUUGAUCUAUCUAAUUUAAAAUGUUUCUCAUUAACAUGUCAUCGUCGUAUUCGAGGAUAUAAAAUUCAAGUUUUACCUCUUCUUCGUCGAAUGUCACAUCUUGAAGAAUUAACUUUAUAUCUUUAUAUCUUGGGUGAAUCAACAUUUAUCUCUAGUACUCAUCUUGAUAAUGAAAUUCUUAUUCAUAUGCCACGACUUCAUACAUUCACAUUUUAUUUCGCUUCUGAAAAUGACAUUGAUGAUGAUACAGAUAUUCGCAUAUUUAAUUCAAAUAUUCAACGAAGUUUCACCAAUAUGAAAUAUGGACAGGUGGCUUCUAUAGUAGAUUAUUUGGACGUUUGCAAAAUCAUAUGUCAUAUUUUUUCACUUCCAUUUAAAUUUCAUUUUCUUCAACACAUCGGAAAUAAUAUACCAAAUGUUGUAUUUAAUUCUGUCACUCAUUUGAAAUUAUGGGAUAAAGAUGAAUUCAAACAUGAAUUUUUCGUUCGACUUACUCGAGCUUUUCCAUGUCUUCAAAAGUUAUCUAUUUGGAAUAUUAAGCCACCAUUUUUGAGAUGUCAUGAAUUUCAUCUUCGUGAUAAAGAUUGGUGCUCAAUUAUUGAAUAUCCGCAUCUUAUUUCACUUAACAUCAAACAUGCACAUCCUUAUUAUGUUGAACAUUUUCUCAAUGAAACAAAAACACAUUUACCACGUUUAAGAGAAUUAAAAAUCACUUCUUAUCAGUUGAAAAACGUGACAAAAAAUUUUACAAGAGAUGAAACACGACGUAAUUGUGCUAGAGUGAAUCGAUUAAUUGUUGAAUGUCAAAUCGUUUAUUCGAAAGAUGUCUAUAAUUAUUUUCCUUUGUUGUAA